AUGACUUCAAGCAAAUUGGCAUAUCCCACCCUGCCCACCAGCAAGACUUCAGAAACAUCAGUGGCCACUACCCAGCCUCCCACCACCCUCAUUUGUGACAAUGGUGGGACCUGGGACCAAGGCCGGUGCGUCUGCCUCCCGGAAUUUUCUGGUGAGCGCUGUCAGGUCCAGAACAAGUGCCGUAACGGGGGCAAAUGGGAUGGCCUCAAGUGCCUGUGCACCAGCACCUUCUAUGGCCCCCUCUGCGAGUUCCCUGUUGAAGAGGUGGAGCUGGACACCGUGGAUACUGAAGUGGGCAUGGAGGUAUCUGUGGACCAGGAGUUCUCCCCCAACCUCAAUGACAACACUUCCCAGGCCUACAGGGAAUUCAACACCACCUUCCAGAAUCAGAUGAAGAUGGUUUACCAAAAUGUGCAGGGGUUCCAGAGUGUGGAGAUCCUGUCCCUAAGAAAUGGCAGCAUCGUGGUGGACUAUCUGGUCCUGCUGAAGUUGGCCUUCAGCUCCCAGCUGGAGGAGGAGUAUGAGAAGGUGAAGACGUCACUGAAGGAGGUGCUCCAGAAUGCCAGCCAGGAAGGGGCCGGAUGCGGGAACGACACUCUGUGUUUUAAGCCUGACUCCAUCAAGUUGAACAACAACAGCAGGACAGAGCUGACCUCGGAAGCCAUUUGCCGCCGCGCCGCUCCCGAGGGCUACGAGGAUUUCUACUUCCCCUUGCCUGAGAACAACCGGCUUCGCUGCGUCACCAACUGCACGUCGGGCGUGGAAGGCGCCAUUGACUGUCACCAGGGCGAGUGCCGCCUGGAGAGAAGCGGUCCCGAGUGCCGGCCCUGGACAAAGGACAAGAAAUGGGCAGAGAUCUGGGAUGAGAACACCGUAGGGACUUUUUCAAAUGUGGGCUUCGAGGACGACAGAAUAGUCGAGAAAGAAAACUACCAGUUGGUAUUGGAGAACGUAGACACCAAUGUGAAGGUGCAAAUCCAGAGGCCUGAGGUGACCUUCACCUCCUUAUGA